GCGAGAUGCGCCCGAUGGAUGGACAUCCGUUGGAUGCUAUACUGACUCUGUUGCUGCUCGAACACUCGCCAGCCGUCAAUAUCCACCUGGUGACAUGACGACAGAGUCUUGUCUUGCCACAUGCCGUAGUGCGGGAUAUGUAUAUGCAGGAACCGAGUAUGGCGGAGAAUGUUAUUGUGGAAAUUCUUUCGAGAAUGGUGGUGGCCCAGCUCCUGACGGUAAUACUGGAUGCAACAUGCCUUGCAACGGCGAUGCGCAGGAAACGUGUGGAGGGCCUAACAGACUGAAUAUAUAUCAAUGGGACGAAGGUCUGGUGGUCAGAUCUACCAUAACAGUAUCUACCACAACUAGUACCUCUCGAUCGACUGCUCUGUCGACAGCCACUAGAACCAUCAGUUCGACUGGUCCAGUUGGCCCUACCAGCGUUCCUAACGGCUGGGAAUACAAGGGCUGCUGGAUCGACAAUGCGAACGGCAGAGUUAUGGUUGAUCAACGGCCCGACAACAGCCAAAUGACAGUUGAGUCUUGCAUCUCAGCCUGCAUCGGCCAGGGCUACACCGUGGCUGGAAUGGAGUACGGUGUGCAGUGCUUCUGCGACGAUUUUCUCCGGAGAGGAGCCGAGCAGACGUCCGACUCUGCCUGUAGCAUGUCGUGUGGCGGCAACCCUGAGGAGAAGUGUGGUGCCGGUAACAGGCUGAGCUUGUGGUCGAACGUCACGGGACCGGUCACUGCGUAUCCAGUUCCGAGUACCCAGACAACAAAUUUGACCGGCUCGUGGAAGUACUCUGGUUGCAUUCAUGAUGACGCGGCGGAAAGGGCACUGCCUUAUCAGAUCAUUCUGAAUGACAACAACACGGCGAACAACUGCAUCUCGCAGUGCUCUGCUUUUGGGUACUCCGCAGGUGGGAUGGAGUAUGGCAAUGAAUGUUAUUGUGGCGAUCCGAGCGAUGUCGCAGCCGCAGGCGCCGGCUCGGCUCCGGAGUCGGACUGUUCAUUCCCAUGUACUGGCAACGUCACUACGAUCUGCGGAGGGUCUUCUCGAAUCUCUCUAUACACUUGGGACGGUCCCGCCCUGACUGCAUGGUCUUAUGCCUCUGGAAACGCUGCUGGAGCAUAUCAGUUCCUAAUUGGAGGCGUAGUCGUUCCUCUUGUCACUCAGGCCGCUCGAAAUGGCAAAGUCACCUUUUUGGAGAAGUCUGGAACGGGAGCUCCUAACACAACAGGAGCAUAUGAGCUUGACCUGGCCCAACUCAAUAACUUCACCGGCGCCUGGAGACCAAUGCACGUCAAGACGGACAUCUUUUGUUCAGCAUCCAUCACUCUACCAGACAAGGUUGGGCGACAGAUCAACAUCGGCGGAUGGGCUCUGGAUGCUACCUAUGGUAUCCGAUUCUACUGGCCCGACGGCGAACCCGGCGUAUGGGGACAGAACGACUGGCAAGAGAAUGUCAAGGCUGUCUCCCUUCAAGAUGGACGCUGGUAUCCUACCGCCAUGGUAAUGGCUAACGGUUCCAUUCUGGUUGUUGGUGGUGAAGAAGGCUCCAAUGGUGCCCCCGUGCCAACACUCGAACUCCUGCCACCAGCCGGUCCUACCAUCUACUGUGAAUGGUUGUAUCGUACAGAUCCCAAUAAUCUUUAUCCAUACCUGGCUGUUUUACCGACCGGCGAUAUCUUUGUGCAAUAUUACAACGAAGCCAUCAUACUGGAUGAAGUCACGUUCGCCGUGAAGAAGCAACUUCCCAACACACCGGGCGCGGUGAACAACUUCCUCGCCGGACGUACCUAUCCCUACGAGGGUACCGCCGUUUUGAUGCCUCAGCACGCUCCGUAUAACGAUCCUCUGGAAGUCAUGAUCUGUGGUGGAUCGACACCAUUCCAAGGCUACGCCCUCGACAACUGCGUUUCUAUCACACCUGAGGUGCCGAACGCGGAGUGGACUCUCGAACGAAUGCCUUCUAAGCGUGUCAUCACUUGCAUGGCAGCCCUCCCAGACGGGACAUACAUUAUUCUCAACGGAGCUCAUCAAGGAGUUGCCGGGUUUGGUCUAGCCACGGAUCCGAAUUUGAACGCUGUUCUCUAUGAUCCUACCAAGCCGCGCCAUCACCGCUUUACUGUCAUGGCCAAUACCACUGUCGCUCGUAUGUAUCAUUCGGAAGCCAUCUUGCUCGAUGACGGUCGUGUUCUUGUUUCAGGCUCCGAUCCGCAGGACGAUCGCUAUCCUGAGGAGUACCGCGUAGAAGUCUUCGUCCCACCUUACCUUAUGGGUAGUCCAACCCGGCCGGUGGUGACCAUGGACGAUGCGCAGAAGGACUGGGCCUAUGGUUCGACGCACUCGUUCUCUGUGGAUCAGACGAUCUCCAAAGUGUCGCUUCUGGGCGUAGGAGGUUCGACCCAUGGCAACUCCAUGGGCCAAAGGACGAUCUUCCCCGCAUUCACCUGCGGUGGCGGCAGUUGCACAGUCACUACACCACCAAAUUCACAUGUCUGCCCGCCCGGGUGGUUCCAGCUCUUCGCCCUGAACGCUGCCGGCGUCCCGAGCAUGGCGAUGUGGGUGCGUAUCGGAGGCGACCCUGGCGACCUAGGCUCGUGGCCAAACGCGCCGGACUUCACCGUACCGGGCUCGGGAUAAGGGUAAGCACUCUCUGAUACCCUAUCGCCAUUAUCUGGCUUUCCUCUGUCUAUAUUUUACUUCUAAUAUUUUGUUUCUAAUGCGCAUACUGCGACGAUUGCAUCCAGCUGGUUUCGUGUACAUCCUGUGCAAGACCACAAUAGUCACAUUACCC